CCAUACAAUAAAUAGCUCAAAAACUGAGAUUAAGCAAGAUGAGCAAUGGUAGCCUGGGAUCCUGGUCCACUUCGAAUGCUUCAUGGGAAGAUAUUGGAGCAGAAAAUGGAACUGACCUCCUAACCCCCCAGGAUGGUUUUGAUCAUGGAUCAUUACCAUAUCGUAUAGCAAACAUUCUUAUCUCCGUCUCCAUUUUACUUAUUAGCAUUUUUGGACUUAUGGGGAAUGGAACUGUCAUCUGGUUUCUUGGCUUUUGCAUGAAGAGGAAUCCUUUCACCACCUUCAUCCUCCAUCUGGCUGCUGCUGACCUGGGGACACUCAUAUGCUUAAUUUUUUUCGCCAUUGUAAGUCUUCUUUGGUCAUUUUCACUCCUACCUUGGUAUGUUUAUAAUUUGUUUAUGUCAUUUGGCACUAUUCCUUUAUUGUUUAUGUACAACACUGGUCAAUAUUUGUUGAUAGCCAUUAGCAUGGAUAGGUGCGUUUCUGUCGUCUUCCCCCUUUGGCAUCGAUGCCACAGACCACCAUACUUUUCCACCCUUGUUUGUGUUUCAAUAUGGAUCAUUUCUUUCCUGUUCACUGCAAUCGACAUUUUUACACCGUAUACAGACUUCUACCAGUUUCUAAUGAAUGCUAUACUUUGCCUCCCACUCAUGACUCUUUCCACUAUGGUCCUGUUUAUAAAAGUUUACUUUAGAUCACAAAAGUGGAAGAAGGGAAAAGCUUUAACAGCCAUACUACUUGCCCUCCUCGUCUUCCUCUUCUUAGCUUUCCCAUUUACUUGCAUUUUAUUAAUCUGUUUUUUCACUCCAGUUACAGAUUAUAAUGUGCAAUCUGUUGCAAUAUCUGUUGGGUUAUUAUGCAGUUGCCUGAAUAGCAGUAUUAACCCACUGAUUUAUUUCCUGAUUGGGAGAAACAAGAGGGCUCAAUCUAGGGAGAGCAUGAAGGUCAUACUCCAGAGACUUUUCAAAGAGGAGGAAAACUGCAGAGAGAAGCGAGAAGUUCCAGUUCAAACCCAGAUGUGAAGACUUCAAAAUAGCUCAGAAAACUUCAUUUUCUAUCUCUUGGUGUAUUUCUUGGUACUUGUUUUCCUCUG